AAAUAGAAGACGCGGCUCGAGGAGUAGAAGUAACGUUUGCGAGGCAGCAGCCAGCAAGAAUAACAUCUGAAUGCAGUUUGACAUGGAGCAUUUGGCCUAUGCUUUGGCAGGAGCACUAAAAGAACCAUCACCUUUUGGAGAAGUGGACAACGACUGUCAAACAUCAGCCAUGAACAGCCCAAAGCAUAUCAAGCGUCAAUCACGUAAACGCCGUGGCCGUAAGCGUCGAAUGGAUCCAAACCCUGUGUGGGAUCACACUGUAAAGCUCAGUGAUGGAUCAGACACCAGUCUAGAUGAGGCACAAAAAGAUUACAUGGAGAACAUUGCUGCCCAACAGAGUGACUCCCCUUCAGAAGAUACUCUCAUGAUGAGAAGGUUGUCCUCACUAAAUGUUACAUCUUCAAGUAACUUGUACGGUGAAUCUGAUUCUGUCACUGAAAACCACAGCCUUCCAAAACAGCCUUUGCGACGCAAAAAAAGGUUCAAGAGAAUGGUUGUUGAUGACCCAACCUGUUCAUGUAGCUCAUCCAGAGCCUGCCCCGCUUCAAAACUUGAAUUUUCAUGUAGCGCUGACUUUGAACCAGAAGUAAGCCACAAGAGGCACAAACUCAAGCGCUCUAAAAAGAACUUGUCAUCAGACAACUUGGAAAAUGCACCUCAGGUUGAUGGAGAUGUAGGUUUUGACAUUCUUAGCAUGAAGCUAAAGAGAAAGGACAUGAGUGGAAAGAACAAGAAGCAGAGCAGAUCUGACUCCAACCCACAAAGCCCCUGCUUCUCGGAUCUUGCUGUCUAUUCCGAUAACAGCUUACCUAGACGUGUUUCUACAGAAAGUCCAGUUUCACUGCCUGACAGUUCUGGCACUGGACGUAAGCUGUCAGGCAGUGAUGGAGCCAGUGAAAAGACAAUUGGACUUGAAAUGGAAUGCGCUAGUAAUGAGAGUGACGUCACAAUGGAUGCUAUUAAUUCUAAGGACAGUGAUUCCAGCACGAGCAGUCUGUUAAGUAGUGAUGAAGGUGCAUUAUAUACCAAUGAUGAAGGAAGGGAAGGUGAUGAUGAACAGAGUGAUUUCUUUCAUGAACCAGAAUCAAUGGCUGCCAAUCCUGGAAUCAUUCCAUGGUGGGAAAAGAAAUCCACAUUUCGUAAAGAUGAUGAGAGGUUCAGUCAAAUCCUGAAUGGCACAUUCCCAUUACUGUCAAGAAAUUCUCAGAGAAAUUUACAGUCACGGUUGCGAUGUCUCCAGAAUGGAGAUGAAGGCCAAAUAAGGGGAUGUAGACCAAGGGUACACAAAACAAAGAGGUUAAAGAGAACUUCUCUUUCAGCUGUCAACGAAAAGAUUGUUGGAUUCCUUAGAAACCCACAAGAAAAAGAAUUGCUACUUCAGCCAAUGAAGAAGAAAGAGCGUACCCAACUUGGUCAACUUGCUUCACUAUAUUCCCUAGAUAUGAGAACUGAAGGAGGAGCCAAGUGUAAGAGAUCACCAGUCCUUAUAAAAACAAGGAGUUCUAGCACAGUAAAUCCAGACAUAGACGAGACUCUAGGAUUUGUUUCUUUAUCCUGUGGGGGCAGUGCGACUCCUGCUAGACAAUCUCUCUACCCACAGUUUGUGGAUGCUAAACGAAGACGAAAGACUCCACCUCCAACAAUCUUAGAAGGUCAGGUAGAUAGGUCAGCUGUUCCAAUACCAGAAACCAACCGUGGAAAUCAGAUGCUACAAAAUAUGGGCUGGGUACCCGGAACAGGACUUGGAGCAGACAGGGAUGGGAUACAAGAACCAAUCAAAGCUUACAUCCGUCCCAAGAACAAAGGUCUAGGGUACUGGAAGCCUAGAUAGAAAAUAAUUGAUGUGCUUCACAACACUCGGUGUUCCCAGCUUAGUUGCAUAGUAAUAGUUGUCCUCUCACUAAAGCGCAUCAAGUCUCUUACUCAGAAACACCUGACAGAUCCUGUUGUUAAAACAAACAGUCUGGAUUGCAACCUAAUUGUCUUGUUCACACAUUGCUCUGUUGAGUUGAUGUAGCAGUUAGGGAAUGACAGAGUAUGAAAUAAAACUGCCUAAUCAUCCGUCCAUGUUAGCCAUGAGCACUAAAUAGUCCAAUGAAUUUAUCAAUCUUAAAAAGUUACUUCAAGAUUCAAGUUAGUUUCACAGGCAUUUGAGCUAGAUCACAGUGUAAGAAUAUAACAGUCCACUCUCCUCAUGAGUUUCGUUUCUCAUGGAAUUGCAUCUAUAAAUUCAAGAUGGAUGUUCAGUGUGUCCAAUGAAGUUAAAAAGAACUUUCACAAACAGAAACCAAAUGAGUUCAUAUAAAUCAAGAUGUAUGUGAACAUCCAUGUAAAAUUUGAAGUGGAUCCAUAUUCAUAUUUUCGUUUGCAAAACAAUUUAUGCUCUGAUGGAGUUGAGACAACAACGAUUUGUCAUGCAUUUUAAAUUUUCUCUGUAAUUGAUAAGAAUCUGCAGAUUAUUAAUUUUUGGUUUUUACCCAUACACCGAUGUGUUGAGCACUGUAUACUCAGUACU